GAUCAUAUCUUUCGUGUAUGAUUGCUCCACUGUACAAAACAAAACAAUCACGCGUUCACCACUUACCAAAAUCUAAGAUCCAGGUGACACCAUAAAAUUGUCCUAAUUUAUUGUAACAUCAUAAUACUAGCCACGCAAUCCCCUUAUUUCAUGGUCCAGAUUACUCGACCCUCAAUUCACUUACAACACUCUCUAAUGUCAAAAUCCACAAUUUAGGGCCACCAAUCUUUAAAUUCCCCAAUAAAGUCUCGACCUUUGACUGCAAAACCCCCAAUUUUCACUCCAAAAAUGGCAGCAGAUCUCAAAACCCCUUUAAUUUCUUCUUCAAAUUCCAAUCCCCAACUUGUUAUAACCGUUGAUGAUCAUCUGGGUGUUCAAGAAUCUUCAUAUAAUAAUCAAGAAACGUAUACAAACGAUGAGUGUUGGAAUCUGAACAAUUCCCAAGUGGGUUUUGAUCAGAACCCUUAUGGGUUUAUUGGGUCAAAUGGGUUUGAAGUUCCUGGGUCGAGUACAGUGGAUCCGUUUAGGAAUCAUACACCCAGAAUUGAAGGGGUUUAUGAGUGGAUUAAGGUGGUUGUUUGUCUGCCUUUAGCGUUGGUUAGGCUUGUGUUGUUUGGAUUGUGUUUGUGUAUUGGUUAUGUCGCUACUAAAUCUGCUUUGAAUGGAUGGAAAGAUAAGCAGAAUCCAAUGCCUAAAUGGAGAUGUAGGGUUAUGUGGAUUACUAGAUUGUGUACUAGGGGGAUUCUGUUUUCAUUUGGGUAUCAUUGGAUAAAGCGAAAGGGGAAACCAGUGCCGAGGGAGAUUGCGCCUAUACUUGUAUCUAAUCAUGUGUCGUAUAUUGAUCCGAUAUUCUUUUUUUAUGAAUUGUUUCCAACAAUUGUUGCAUCUGAGUCCCAUGAUUCCAUGCCCUUUGUUGGUACUAUUAUUAGAGCUAUGCAGGUAAUAUAUGUAAAUCGGUUUUCACAUCAAUCUCGGAAGCAUGCGGUUAACGAGAUAAAGAGAAAGGCCUCCAGCGACAGAUUUCCUCGACUACUUUUAUUUCCCGAGGGAACUACAACCAACGGAAGGCUGCUUAUUAAUUUCCAACAUGGUGCGUUUAUUCCCGGUUAUCCUAUUCAACCGGUGGUGGUUCGUUAUCCACACGUACAUUUUGAUCAAUCCUGGGGUCAUAUAUCUUUGGGGAGACUCAUGUUUAGAAUGUUCACACAGUUUCACAAUUUCAUGGAGAUUGAAUAUCUCCCGGUUGUUUCACCCUCAGAACAUCAUAAGGAAAGCGCUAUUCGUUUCGCUGAGAAAACGGGUAGCGCAAUGGCUCGUGCUCUUAAUGUUGUACAAACAUCACAUUCGUUUGUCGAUUACAUGAUUCUUUCAAAGGCGGCUGAUUCUGGGCAGGAAAAUCCAUCGCUCUUUGUGGUUGAAAUGGCGAAGAUUCAUCAAUUAUUUCAUUUGAGCUCUUCAGACGCCUUAGACUUCUUGGAUAGAUUUCUUGCCAUGAAUCCAGACUCAAGUGGAACCGUUAAUUUUCAAGAUUUCUCGAGGGUUUUAAGAUUAAAGGCUUGCAAUCUUUCUCAUAAGAUGUUUGAGUUCAUUGAUGUGAGCAAGAGCGGGAAAGUCACCUUCAAAGAGUUCUUGGUAGGAUCUGCUCAUGUACUCAAUCAGCCAUUGUUCCGGCGAGCUUGUGAAGUAGCAUUCUCUGAGAGUGACAUUGAUGAAGAUUGUUACAUUUCCAUGCAAGAACUUGGUGCUUCGUUGAUGCCGGCUAUGGGAAGCUUGAGCGAUGAUGAGGUACAUGGACUGUUCACUCUAUUUGAUGGAGACGGGGAUGGUUGGAUCAGCAAGGGCGAUUUCGUAAAUUGCUUAAGAAGGAAUCCGUUGCUCGUAGCACUAUUUUCUUCCCAUUUCUUGCAUAAUGACUCGGAUCCGAAUGCAUCAGGGGGUUUGUUAGAGGAUAUGGUGUGAUGUAUUUUGAUCAAAGGUUUAGUGGUAUAUGUGCAUUGUGUAAUUUUGUUGGUUUUGUGGGGCUGAAUUUAUGCUAUAGUUACUCCUGAACUAAUGGUAUAAUUUGGGUUUACCUAUGUCAAUGUGACCAACUUUAGAUAUAGAUUUAAAUGAGUUUUAGUAAAUUAUAUUUUUUGUUC